CAGCUAGGGUACUCUAGCUAUAGCCAUUUACAACUGUUAAAUAUCUACAUAUCUUUAGAGCCCACAUCGUGAAUUGCUCGGCAGGUCUAUGGAAGCCGUCCACCACUACGCCUACCACCUCAACCCGUGAACCUUUCGGCAGGACCUCAGGCUCUUAGCCGUAUCGGGUACCUGCUGCUACUAUAACCUGCUGAGCAGUUAGGUUAGGUGAUCUAGAGCCCCUAACCGCCAUAGGAAGUUUCUUGUGACUGCCCAGAGCCAGGCAGCACGUUAGCAAUAGCGGAGGACAUCUAGAUAGCAACAGUUCUUUGUUUUAACGGGCUGGGUGCUUGGCACUACCUUGAAAGGCCACCUUAACCGAAGGCUCUACCAUUUGGGUAGCUGGUGUCUGGCUGGCUGGGGCUUCAGCGUUAGGGACCAUCUUGGAAAUCCUGCGCUAUGGCCCUUGUCAGCCAGGGCACACCGUCGCGGGAGGAGGAGCUUCGGCGCCUCAUGCCUCCUCCUCCGCCUCGGCCACCGAACACGGUAGCCGCGCCCAAGCCCAAAGCACCUACAGUUCUUGACGAGGAUACCUACACGCAGCAGCUGGAGGCUAUAAUAGAGCGCGACUACUUCCCGGAGCUGCCGAAGAUGGCCAACCAACUCGAGUGGCUUCGAGCAGUCAACAGCGGCGACAUCCGCGAGAUGCAGCGAGCACAACGCAACAUAGCGCUUCGCCGUGCGGCAGCUGCAGCGGCAGCCACAGGAUCUACUGGUGCUGACCGGGCGACGCCCGGCCUGCUGCCUCCAUUCCAAACUCCUGGCACUACCGGCUGGGCGGCUGCCACACCCGGCACCGCGCUGCUACGCACCCCCGCCAUGACGCCGCUAGUGGACGGCUCCCAAGCAGCUGCCCCUGUUGGUGCCCCUGCAGCCGCCACGUCAGCAGUUGCAGCAGCAGCAGGCAGAGCUCCCCCCGAGUCUGGCAUGAGCCUGGAUACCUUCCUGGAUCGCUACACGUCAGAGGACAACGCCUCCUUCCAGGCCAUCCUGCAGGAGGAUAACCGGCGCAAGCGGGCAAAGGUACAACACCACCUGGAUCGCCCCGACCCUCGCGACCCCGAAACACGCCAGCUGCUGCUGGAGGGUCCCCCGGAGCGCCCCUCCGACGAGUACGGCAGCUCGGGUCAGGCGCCCAUGACGCUGCUGCCCGCUCCGGAACCGCCCGUCAACUGCCUCUUCUACGACUCCAGCCAGCGCCCCGCGGUGCCGCUGUCCGCCAAGGAGGUGGCGGAGCGGGCGCUGGGGCCGCCCAAGGCCAUCAACAAGGCUGGAACCAGGUUGAAGGGGGCUCCGGAGGCGCCUCCGCCGUCAGCGCUGUCCGAAGCGAUAGCAGCUCUGGACCCGGUAGCAGCAGCAGCUGCAGCGGUGGCCGGCUUGCCUGCCGGGGCGCCGGCUCCCGGUGGCGGCACGGUGGGCUAUGCGGCCAUGGCCACUCCUUCGUUUGAGGAUGUGCUGGGCACGCCGCUGAUGACGUGGGGUGACAUCGAGUCCACUCCGCUGCGAUUGGGGGCGGAUGACAUGCCGGUGGCGCUGGAGGAGGAGGGCGGCGGGGGACCCAGCUUCAGGGUGCAGGGCCUCUCGGAGCGGGAGCAAGCAGCUCACAGGCUGGCGGCCGCCAAGGCGGGCAGCGGGACCGCCGCCAGCCGUGCCGCAACGGCCCGGGGCUCGACGCCACUGCUGACGGCGCUCCGUCGCGCCACGGGUACCGGUGCCGGAGCAGGAGCGACUGCACGGGGGUCCACUCCGCUGGCCGUGCCGCUAUCUCCCGCUGCUCGGCAUCUAGCUGCCAGCAUUAAGGCCGGCAAGACACCGCGCGGCGGCGGCGGCGGCGGGAGCAGUGGCGCCGGCGUCCGCACUGCUGGCCGCGGCAGCAGCAGCAGCGGGAGGGGUGGCCUGCAUGUGCCGGCGCCAAAGGCGGCGGCCGCCGCCACCGCCGCCGCCGCCCGGUCGGUCGCGCUGGGCAGCGGCGAGCUGGACAAGCAGCUCAGGGCCAGCUACUGCAGUGCCGCCGCCGCCUCACUGGGACACGGCACGCCGACACUAGCGGCGGCUGCUCGGGGGCACACGCCGGGUCCUCCAGGAGGGGUGUCUGCAGGACGUGCGGCGGCGGUGGGGGCGGGGGUGACACCGGGUGGUGGUGCGGGGCUGCGGGUGCCGACGAGUGCGGCUGCGGGCGGGAGCGUUAGAGGAGGGGUGGUAGCGGGCGGUGGGGCCGCCAGUGCUGGUGCUAGCGGCGGCGGACAGAGUGUGACGGACGACCUGCUGAAGCUGUAGCCGUGAGGGAUGUGGAGGGGUGUUCGCUGGUGGACUGUGUGUGGCAGAUAUAAUGGUCGCAGAGCUGCAGCUGUGAUUGUGAAGGUAGGCGCACGAAGGGCGUGGUGGUAUGUCGGCGCGGUGGUGGGUAUUGCACCUUUGCUUGCCUGGAACCGUGCAAGGCCAUGUAUAGUAGGAGGAAUGUUGUACCUAGGGGCCAGGCGGCACGAGUGCCAGGCAGUUUCAUGAAGGCGCAUAAGCAAGGUUUCUGUAGCGUCAAUGCACAGGAUGCAUCCGCUCGGCAUUCAAUAGACGUCGGUACUUGCCGUACGAGCAGACCGUGCACAGACAACCGGCGGCGGUUGGAGCAAAGACAACUGACAAGCAAGGUUUCCAAGGUUCUAACGUGCAUGCAUGCUGUCUUGACUCUUGUUGACUAUUGCCUUCUCUCCUGUCUUGCCACAUCUGCAAAUGCCAUGCAGGGCAAGCGUAGUAGUAUAGCGGAGAUGCUUAAUGUAACGGGCGCAGCUGCAUGUGGCAAAUGUCGUGACGCAGCCCAUCUGGUCGAGGAUUGGUUCUGACUCGCUGCCUG